AAUUUGUCUUGGGCUUCAAAGUUUUUGUUGUUGUUUGUGAUUUCGCUUAAUUUUAUCAUUAAUUUAAUUGUUUUUAACAUUCGAACUGACAUUUAAUGGCUAAUUUAAUCAGUGCACAACAAGAACUCCAAACAAAAAAGAUUCUAGAAGACUUGCAACUGAAAAAGAAGCUACUAUUGUCGACAAACAGCAACAAUAGUAUGCCCCAGUACAAUCCACAGGUCAUCCAAGCACCCGUAGGUAGUCAGCCAGAGAAAGAAAUUGUCAAUAACUCGUCGCGAACGGCGCUGCAGCAAGCACAAGCCGUCUCCUUCGGCUAUUUCGUGAGUCAAAAUUCGUCAUUUGGCAAUUUGAUUUUGCCCGUGUUACCUGCGUUCGACAACCAUACGCCACCGACGUCGCAACCGCCACCGACGACGAAGUAA